AUGCCACCAAAGAGAAACACAAACACUAACGCGGUCAUGGACGAGGAAGUACCCGUUAGUGUAGCUUUUAUGAAAGAGAUGCUGGAACAACAAAAAAUCUACUACAAAGAUCUCCUGGACCAACAGGAAAAAAAUUUCCGCUCAUUUGUACAAAUAAUAACAGAUUCAACCAAUCAAAGGAUGGAUAAUCUCGUCAGAGAGAUGCAGGAUUUAAAAAACAGUCUGAACUUCUCACAAGGAGAGCUCGGUGACAUGAAAACGGUAAGUGGAAAGAACGUGGACAAAAUAAAACAGUUGGAACAAGACAUCCUGACCUACAACAACGAAGUGACUGAGAUUGUAAACAAAGUGGACUACAUCGAGAACCAGUCACGAAGGAACAAUCUUAUCUUCGAUGGGAUCAAAGACGACAAGAAGGAGACAUGGGAACAAUCUGAAGUCAAGGUUAAAGAAGUACUGAAGACCAAGUUGCGUCUGAACACCGACGCAAUAGAAAUCGAACGGGCUCAUCGUAAUGGCAGACCAGGAGAUCGACCACGCCCCAUUGUUGUGAAGUUCUCACGCUUCAAGGACAAACAGAGCAUAUUAAGACACGCAAAACUGCUGAAAGGUACAUCGAUCUACAUUAAUGAAGACUACUCGGAAAGGAUCAGACAAAAGAGGAAAGACUUACUACCAGCACUACGGGCAGCCAGAGAACGAGGUCAAGUGGCUCACAUACGGUAUGAUAAACUUGUGAUCUCUGAUCGCGGGACUGCCAACAACUAG